UUCAACAGCUGUUUAUUCUGUAGUACAGGUCAUAUCCCAUACAUAGCUCAAUUUGUUUGUUGUAAUAAGAUAUUUUGAUAAUUUGAAAAACAAAUAGAGGAUGGCGGCAUCUAGAUUAUCAAAUCAAGAAAAGCUCAAACGCCUCAUUUAUGUUGGCAAUUUAACUCCAAAAUACUUUUGUGGAGGCCCAGAAAAGUAUUAUCCAGAUACGGAACGAAAGAUGGAACUAAUCAACGAAAUGCUAGCCAGCAAUCAUGAAGAUUUUCUCAAAGUAAUAGUUUCUGCCAGUGAAGAUAAAUUAUUGCCAUAUCGCUCACAAUUGUUCAAUUUGUUGGGUGCAGCUCUCAAUGCGGAAGCAGCCACAGCUGAUAUAAAACAUGAAAUAUGUUCUUAUGUUUUAAACAUAUGUAAAUCAGAUGAAGAUUUUUUCAAUUUUAUAAAGUUUACAUCAAGUGUGAGGUUGGACAAAAGCAAACUAUCAACGACUGUGAGAAAAUUAAUAGCUAGAUAUUAUAUAAAGAAAAGUGCUUUGGAAUUAGCCCAUUCAUUUGUUGCUUGUAAAAGUUGGCAUGGUUGGACCCACAAGGAUUUGAUAAAAUUAGUACACAUCAAACCAGACACACCUUUGAAAAAUAUGGUUAUUAAUUACAUAUUACUGAAAAAACUCAAUGACAAAGAUAACGAAGAUGAGAAAAAGAUCAUUGAUAUCAUGCAGAAAUCAGAAAUUUUAAGGAAAACCAAGGAUCAUAAGGUUGCAGUUCCACUGAUAAGCGAAUUGAAAGCUACUAUUAAUCAAGUUGAACCAUCUUUAAGAAAAUCUGCUGAAGUUUGGAAUUCGGUAUUACUUAAUAUGACUAUAUCAGACAUAUUACAAGCACUGCCAAAACUUUACAAGCUAGGAUUUUUAAAGAAGGAUGCACCCACACAAACAAUAGUCAAUGAGAAUUUAACAAAUUCGUUAAAAAUAAAAGCUAGUCAUAUUCAUCCCAUUGAAGUUUUCAUUCAUAUGAAGAAUUUUGAAAAAGGAGGAAAGCCUCUUGAUCCAAAACUUCUGGAGCAUUUAAUUGCAGAAAAAAAACUCUCCGAAGAAGAAAUUCAGAAAUUGAAGAGCCCUAGAGAAGCAAAGUGUCCUUUGGUUCUCAAUAAUCUGCAGAAAUGCAUGAAUAUAGCUUGCAGUAAUGUACAGUCAUUUGGUAAGCGAUAUUUGAUCACAAUUGAUACUACUGAUCAUAUGGACACGCCAUGUUUGUUUAAUAAAAAUAUAACGGCAAUAGAGGCAGCUGUUGCUUUUGCUUGGUUUCUGUUGAGAGUCGAGAAAGAUGUCACCGUUGCAGUUUUCAAAGAAAAAGAGAUAGCUGUGGUGCAGCUAGAUAAAAAGGGGCACCUGUAUGAACACGUUCAGAAACUCAGAGAAAACAAAAGUAAAUAUGUAUUGUUGGCCGCUCCCAUAGAGUGGGCUACAUUUCAGAAGAAGCAUGUAGAUAUCUUCCUUACAUUCAUUCACCACAAAGAUUUUUAUGCCGCCAUUCCUAAAGAGAUUAGAGAGAAAAUGACGAAACCUGAGCAUGCUCUCCAGAAAUACAGGAAGAAGGUUAAUCUACAAAAUUCAAAGUUGAUUAAUUUUUGUCUAUCUUCUCCAAAUGUCGUAUGCGGUGAUGGUUCUCCCAACAUUUUGGAUGUAGCUGGGUUAGACUACGGGACGCCUCGAGCCGUUGAAGCUUUUUGUCGCGGUAAUUUUUGUUGAUAUUUCCGUAUUCAUUAACUGAGUAUAUCCAUCUCAAUCAAAAGUGUUCAAUGAUAUUCAAAACAUAUUUUUGUUAUAGUACAUUUGAUGAAACUACUGUAGUGAGAAAUUUCGCAAGUCGGGUAUUUUCUAAAUUAUUUUUAUCUGAUUAUUUAUUCCCGUUGAUUCAUGUAGGUUAUGCAUAGAUUUAGAAUUUAUAAUAAGUACAGCUUGUUUUGUGAUAUUUUGAUAUACAUUUAUUUCAAACAAAUUUCUGGAAAAACCUACUGCCGAUUGGUCUUUAGAUUUUUUAUUCAAAAUUUGUCACUGGCUAGUCAAAAGAGGGAAAUAUGUUAAGAUAUUUUUAUUCCAUGAUACAUAAUAAAUAGCAAACGCGUUUGUUGGAUAGUUUCCUUUUUUUCUAAUAAUUGGGACUCUAGAAAACAUUUACUUUUUCAUCAUUUAAUUUAAUUUUGUAUUAAAAUUGAGUCAGUAAUUGAUUCACCUGUUGCAAAUUAAUUUGUUUAAACCAAAUUGUUUUGAUAACUCUUUUGGGUAAUCAUAAUAUUUGUUGUCUUACAUUUAUUCAAGUGAUUGUUAUUUUAAUAACAAUAACGAAUACACAUGCUCCAUUUUUUGAAAUAUCCCAAUAGUUAAUGUGCCUUGAAGAGUUAGUAAGUCUGUUUUGAGUAUAAUAUUCAUCUGCCUGUGAAAAUAGUGGUAACAUUCAAUAAAUGUAUUCGAUAUAAACUGUAAGUAUCCAUUGAAUGACAGUUGCAGUACUAAAAAAUUUUUCAGCUCAAAUUUUCAUAUUUAACAUUGAAAAUUGAUUGUGAAUAAAUGUGAAAUGAUUUUGUGUCAAUAAAGAGGAAGAUUGUUGCACGCGUGUGACAAAAAUCAUUCAUGCAAUAAUCUGCAUAUAAAUUAGUUUUGAGUUGUUGGAUGUUAGGAUUUCAAUUUGCAUUACCUAAAGAAGCGUUAACGGAUUUGAAGAUAAGGUGAAUGAAUGAAUUCCUGAAAGAGAAAAAGCAAUGAUAUGAAAUGUAAAAAAUAAAAGAAUGGCUUUGUAAAAAAAGGAAUGAAAUAAUUGUGUUCAUAUAUGUUCACUACACAAAAGCAUCUGACCAAAUUGUAUCUAAUUAGUGCUCUGUAUAAUUCAACAAGUAACACUUUAUUGACAUUUUUCACUGAACAGUUUGCAAAUACAUUGAAUAGUCCACUGUCAAAGUAAUAUUCAGAGAGAAUUGAAUUGCUAUGAACAGCAGUUACAAGGUCUGUAUUAUUGACUUUAUGGUUUCCAUAAAAUAACAAAAACAAGUCAUUUACCAGGUCUAUUCCACUUCAAUAAAAGAUAAUAACCUUCAUAGGACAUUUACAUUUUGGUGAACCCACCAAGUACAUCGCUUGUUUU